AUGGGUGAAAACAUCGAUCAACCGUUGGCUGCUCCUCAUUGUUUGAAACAAUUCCAUGACACAGUUCCGAAAGAAAUCAUGAUCGAAACUUUGACAUAUCUUCCAUUAUCAGAGAUGGGAAAUGUUUUAAGAAUUUCCAAAUCAAUCCAUUCACACUUGACAGAAACUCCACGAUAUUUCCAAUCCGUUUUUGUGAGCUAUUGUUCCAACACCUCUGUUCCUCGUUCAACCAUUGACUCUUAUUUAAAAUCCAUUGAGACAAUGUCCACAACAGACGCACAUCAAACCUUGACUUCCAAAUUACAAGAAAUGGUUGCCCAUCAGAAAAAGUUACGAGCCAAAAGAGAAGAAGCAGAGUUGAUCCGGAAACGAAUGCAAGAAUUGAUGAAAAUGAAGACGGAACAAGAAAAGCAACUUCGAGAACUGAAGGAGCAAGCAUCACGAAUGAGACUUGAAAUGAAUACAAGAAAGGACGAUGCAACGAAAUAA